AUGGGUGACGAUUGGGUUGUUACAGUCGAAGAGCCAUCUGCAGACGCUCCAGCUCCCUUAGAUCUUCCCGAGCCAAAAUUAUUUAACAAAUGGAGCCUGCAAGAUGUUGACGUUUCCGAUAUUUCAUUAGUUGAUUAUAUUGGUGUAAAAGAGAAACACUCCAGAUAUCUUCCACAUACUGCUGGGCGCUAUCAGACUGUGCGUUUUCGCAAAGCAGGAUGUCCAGUUGUAGAACGAUUAUGCAAUUCAAUGAUGAUGCAUGGAAGGAAUAAUGGUAAAAAGCUGAUGGCUAAUCCUGUCCAAGUGUUGGUGAAUGCGAUUAUAAACAGUGGCCCUCGUGAAGAUUCUACAAGAAUUGGACGGGCUGGCACAGUUCGACGCCAAGCUGUUGACGUGUCGCCGUUGCGUCGUGUC